GUUUGAGCCCGUUUGUGUUGCUACCCCAGAUCAAUCAACGUACCCCGCCCCGCCCCUCAUUCAGCUGACUUGACUUCAUCAUGAGUGGCCCGGCCCCAUCCGGCUCCCCUCUGGCAGCCGCCUUUCAGGCCGCCAGCGAACCGGUCAGUAUGCGGGACGCACUGGCCAUGGGCGGACAGCAGCAACAAGGUGAGGCAAGUGGAGAGGGGGAGGCGGGAAGGGGCAGGAAGAGACACAUGCAUGGCACGAGAGAAGGGGUGACCCGUCUUGGGGCUGAGGGGCUCUGUGUUCUAUCUAUCGUCUCGUCAGGUGGUGAGGGGGAGAUGACACAGUCGCAGCUCAUCCGCCUCGGACGGAUUACUCCCGCUGGCUCCAUCCAGACAGGCACACAAAGGGUCAGUCAGUCAGUCAGGAGGGAGGGAGGGAGGGAGGGAGGGAGACAUGGAGUGGGGCAGCAGAGAGUCCACAGUGGCAUCCAUCCCAUGUGCGCGUGUGUCCAUCCUGUGUGUCGUUGUGUGUUGUCUGUCUGUCGUCAGAUUGAGGUGGAGGUGCCCGUGUACACCGACGUGCACUACGAGGACGUCGUCGCCGAGCGUACGGUGCCGCUGCACGUGCAGAAGAUCGUCCCCAAGCCCGAGGUCCAUGAGGUGGUCCGCCAGUGCCCGAGCUGAGUCACUCGUGGAUCGAGCGCCAAGUAGAGGUGCCCGUCAUCCAGCACGUCGAACGAAUCGUCGAGGUACGUCUGACACCCACCCAACACACACGACACACGAAGGGACACACGAGCGGGUGGUGUGCCUUUGGUGUUGCGUGCAGGUGCCCCAGGUGCAGGUGGUCAACAAGUAUGUGCCCAAGGUCGAAGUCAAAACCAUCGUGACCUGCCAGCUCCAUGGAGGAGACACACAGACAGCCACAAGGGAGACAUGGCAUGUGUGUGCAGGAGCGUGUGGUGCCCAAGACGGUGGUCAAGACGGUCGAUCGUGUGGAGGAGGUGCCCGUCGUCCAAUACAAAGACAAAUUCGUCGAGGUAAUACCCACGCCACACCGACCGUCACAUGGCGCUGCGGUCGAUGCCAUGACAUUCCCCUCUCUGUCUCUCUGUGUGUGUGUCUUGGUGCAGGUGCCCCAUGUGGUGGAGGUCAUCAAGGAGGUCCCCAAACCAGUGCCCGUCGAAGUAACCUAGACACACAGACAGACAGACAGACAGACAGACAGACACGCUGACCAUACAUCGAUUCCUGCCUGUCUGCCUGUCCGCAGGUACAGGUGCCGGUGAUCAAGUAUGUGCCCAAGGUGGAUGUCAAGACCAUCGAGCGGAUUGAGCACGUGCCGGUGCCCCAGUACGUGGACGUGCCGGUGCCGGUCAUCAAAGAAGUCCCCAAAAUCAUCACUGAAGAACGAGUACACACACACACACAUGAAAGACCACACACACCACACAGACCACUUCGGUGCGUGUGUGCAGGUGGUGGACGUGGAGGUGCCGGGGCCCGUCAUCGAAGUUUGGCGGGAGGUGCCCGUCGAACGGUACCCACACACAGACACACAUCCAUCCAUCCACUGUGUGUGUGAUGCUGUCUGUGUCGCUGAUGGUGCUGUCAGGGAGGAGGUCAUCGAGCGGGAGGUGGAAGUCGUCAAGUCAGUGGGCACACCACACACACGACUGCACUGAUUGAAGGUCUCUGUGUGUGUGCCUUCAGGUACGUCGACGUGCCGAAGCCCUAUGAGGUGCCGGUCUACGAUUACAAACACAACAAAUACCCCGUGGUCAGCACACUCGCCCACAUAAGUCGCACCACAGGCCUCUCUGCCUCCCUCCCCUCCCACCAUGUGUGUCUCUGUCUGUCUGUGUAGGUGAUUCCCCACGAGAAGACCACGAUGCUGCCGCCCGGCCUCACCAAUUUUGUCAUUCCGUCAAUCAUCAAGGGCAACUUCACUUUUGACAUACCGCCCGGUAAACAGCCAAUGGGCUCCCACACCGCAGCCAUCCCUCCCGGCCACCGGUCUGUCUCUCUGUCUGUCUGUCUGUCUGUCUGUCUGCAGGGAUGAGAAUCACCCGGGAAGAGCUGGUGCAUUACGUUCGGGCCACCAAGGGCAUCGACCUCAAUCAGUGCAAGGAACUCGCCCCGCCAAUGCCGCUGCCCGAGGGGGCCGGUCAGCCACACACACAACACACGUCCAUAAUGAUCCCCUUUUUCGUGUCUGUGUGCAGCGCCCACGUCUAUAGAGGCCCAUUUCGAGAAUGAGCCGCUGCCCGAGUACGUCAAGAACGCCAAGCCGUGGCCGGUGGAUGAGUGGGGUCCCCUGCCGCACCCCAGCCAGAUGCAGGACGGCCACAGCUGGACCGGCCCGCCCGUCAAGGUGGGCGAGCCCCUCAAGACCACACUGGAGGGGCCGCCCCAGGGAUGGAUCCCCAACCAGCACCAACUCAGGAUCGUACGCGACACACAGACAUUGAUGAGACACAGCGAGGCGUGAGAGACACGAGUGCAUUCCAUUCUCUCUCUGUGUGUUUGUGUAGAUGUCCGAGCACAAGUUGACCCCGGAGCAGUGCGGCUACCAGGGGCCGCCCAUCAACAUGCCCGUGAGUGACACACAACAUCACACAACACAGCAGACAGACACACAGGCAGAUGUCACCUCCCAUGUGCACUCAUUGCUGUGUCUCUUCCUGUCUGUCUGUCUGUCUGGAUGUCUGGAUGUCUGGAUGUCUGUCUGUGUGCAGAUGGUGAUGGCGCCCCCGCCGCCCUUCCCUGGUGCUGGUCGUCCGGUUGCGCCGCCUCCCGCCGCCCCUGCCGGCCCUCCCAUGGUGAUGAUGAUGCGGCCGCCCGUGGUGCCACCCCCGCCCGCACACAUGAUCGCACCCAAGAAGAAAUGUAAGAGACCACACGGGAUCGGCUGUGAUGUGAUGUGAUGUGAUGUGAUGUGAUGGGAUGUGAUGUGUUGUGGUGGUGGUCAGCAUCAACGAAGAAGUCCUGCGGGGUUGGGUUCUUCGGCUGGUUCACCGGCUCGAAGAAAUAAACCAAGUAAGCGGCUGACCAUGCAGCCACACCAGACAGACAGACACCCCUACUCGUGCUGCACACACAAUCGAUGUCUCUCUGUCUCUCUCUCUGUCUGUGUGUUGGUCAGAAAAUUCUUGUCACCAUCACCACACACACACGGGGGGCCUAUUUUUGCGUAUAUAUCACUCUAGCGUCGCUCAUGUGUAUUGUGAUUUGUUUCGUAAGUAAGUCGUUCUCUAUAGGCCGCAUAUAUACUCUUGCUCUGCCCUCUAUUGCUAAGCCAAUUCUCAACACUGUCUGUCUGUCUGUCUGUCUGCCAUGGUCCUUUGAUUUGCUGGGGACUUUGUGUGUGCGGCCAUGCCAAAGUGAGCCGACACACACACCGCCCAUUCGCUCGUGCGUGCGAUAAUGGCUGCCCUGUGUUUGUCUCUCCCUCUAUUCUGAGUGGGUCUCUCUAAAUCACAAGACAUCUCAUCAUACCGCUUCGAGCACUGUCCUCUUGGGGGUUUUUCGGGCUUGGUUUGCUUCCUCGAAUGAUCGCCUGCCUGCCUGCCUGCCUGGCUGCUUGAGUUAGCCACACACGACAUCACAACACAUCACACCGCCCAUCAUUCACGACACUGUCCUCUGGGGGGUUCUGGGCUUGAUUUGUUUUGCUGGAUGGAUUGCUGGGUUUCCAUAGAGUGCGUGGGCCAUUGCCAAAGUGGGCCCUCACCAACCAAUGCACUACAGCUGACUGACUGACUGGCCUGUGUCUCUUCCCUCUCCCAAACCACACACCAGCAGACAGACAGACAGACACACAGAGACACAGACUUUGAAAUUAGAGAGGGAGGGGAACAGAAGUGCAUGGGAUGGACGCAGAAUGGACUGCGAGCACAGAUACAGUGUAUCAACGGAAUGGACGAAAGAUGGUUGUUGAUCAAAAACAUCUCUAUGUACGAGUGACGGUGGGUCGAUCGAUGGGGAUUUGCAUGGGCGGGGAUCGAUCGUGCUCAUUUGUACGAGUGACGACAGGCACACACAGUCUUAAUUAAGCCAUGCACGACUACCAAGUCGGGAAUGAAAGAACACUGAAGACGCACGACUGGCAGAUCAACUGGGAGGGUUUGUGUGCAGACAUGAACCAUGGUGC